AUGGACAACAGCCAGUCGACGCGUCCGGCGUCGCAAUUGAUUGCCGGCUUCGCAUCGCCUUCUACCCCUGCCAGUGCGCAAAGAUCUAUGCGACAUUCAGUUCGAUCCAUUCAACCUCAGCCUUCAUCCCACCAGUCGGUGCAUGAUACCGAGAAAGAUGAAUUACGAGUCCUAGUGAGCACGCUCAAGUAUGAAUUGGAAAACAUCAAGCAGGAGAGAGGCCUGGAGGCUCUACGACACGAGAAAGAGACUCGGGAUCUCCAGCUGAGAGCAGAUGCGGAUUUCCGAAAGGCGCAGACUGCCGAAGCUGCAGGCCAACGUGCCAUCCACAAGAGCGAGUCGUUAGCUAAGGAGCUAAAGGAAGCGCAGGAGCAGGCCCUUGACGAGAAAACCGGUCUGGAACGCAAAAUCAGAGGCCUGCAAGACGAGAAGCAAAAUAUUCAAGAAGAAUUCAGUGACGUGGAAGCCAGGCUAUCCGACCAGGAGCGCCAGUCCAAGUACCAAAUCAACGAGUUGGAGACCGUCCGAGCAUCGCUUCAGAAGACGAUCGAGGAGCUUCAAAAUGACCUUCAAGCGGCUCGCAGCUCACAUCAAACUACCCAGGAGAAACUCUCCGAACGUGAAUCCGAGGUCGCCAAUUUAGAGUCAGAGAAUAUCCGCUUGAAAGCAGAAGGGAGCGGUGCUGAAGAAUUGGUGGUCUUGAAGCGGGAGCUCUCGGACCAGGUCAACCAUAUCCGUGAACUGGGGUCCACAAACCGAGACCAAAAUGCGGAAUUGCGACACCUCCGGAAAGUCCAGAAGAACGUCGAGGUGGUUGAGGAGCAGAAGAGAUCGCUCGAGAACCAGCUGCAGCUGAUGAAGGGGCUCGAGGCAGAGCUCGGCACUUUGCAAUUCCAAAAGCAGAUGUUGGAGGAUGAGCGACAAUCGUGGAACAGCUUACUCCAGGACAAUGACCAACCUGCAGAGUUUGAUUCUCCUGAGGCGGUGGUAAAGGCGCUGGUCCAGGAACGCAUCGAGAAGGCAACCCUCGUUGACAGACUCGGGAGCGUGGAUGCACAGUUUUUGGAGAAAGAUGAAGCGAUCAGGAGUCUCGAGAAUGAGAAAAUUCAACUUCGCCAGGAGCUGGAAAAGCUUCGUGCAGCUGGUGGUGGCUCAGUAGGAACACCAGCAGGCACAGAGGCUCGUCUUCGCUCCCGUCUAGAGCGCCAGCGUGCCCUAGCAGUGAAGGAGGUUGAGUACUUGCGUGCACAGCUUAAAACAUUUGACGUUGAAGAGGAGACGAUGAACACGGAUCAGGGCACAUUCGACGAGCAGAAGGCCGCUCAAAUCGCGCAGCUCGAAAAGAUCGUGGAUGAGUACCGUGUCGAACUACAAAAGACCCACGAAGAGUUGUCCAAGCGAGAGGCACCACAGCAGGACGAAGCGCAGGCCGAAGCUCGAGGAACUAAACGUCCUCUGUCACCCGCUGAUAGCGAUGCCGAGAGCGAGCGGCUGGCAGUGCUCUCUCGAAAGAAUCGCAAACUGCAGGAAGCGCUUUCGAAAUCCGAACAAUCAACAACUCUUGCGCGCAAAGAGCUAGAGGCUGCCAAGUCUCAGAUCAAAUCCUUGAAGUCCAAAUCUCGAACCCGUAUUCUCGAGCUGCGCGACAACCCUACAGCCGAAGCAGAGAAGAUCAAGAUGUCGACACUGACGACCCUCCGCUCCGAGAACAGAGAUCUCCUGGCUCAGCUGCGCAGUGAGCACACGGGCGUUAAGGUUGUCCCUAUCAGCACACUCGACAGCCUCAAACUUGAGAUGCAGGACAUGGAGGCUAUCGUCGCAGACAAGGAGAAGCGCAUGCGCCGGCUCAAGGAAAUCUGGACCGCCAAGUCCUCCGAGUUCCGUGAAGCCGUCGCCUCCUUGCUCGGCUACAAGCUCGACUUCCUCCCGAACGGCCGCGUCCGCGUGACCUCGAUGUUCCAUCUCUCUUCCGCCUACCGCCAUGGCGAUAGCGGUGCCUCUGAUUCCCGCGGACCGGGUAGCAUGGGCGACGACGGGGAGAACUCGAUUGUGUUUGACGGCGAGAACGGCACGAUGAAGAUCUCCGGCGGGCCGAAUAGUCUCUUCGCCAUGGAGAUUAAGCACCUGAUCAAGUUCUGGGUUGAGGAGAGGAAGGAUAUUCCCUGCUUCUUGGCGGCUAUGACCCUGGAUUUCUAUGAUAAGACUACUAGAGCUGCGAGGAUGUGA